UAAGUUGGUAACCCUGAAAGAGGAAAGCACAGUCUCGAAAAACCGACAGAAGGUCGACAAAUCAUUAUUUUUCCAGCUUCAAAAAACGUCCCGAAUUCAUUAGGUUCGAGUGUGUGACGCACCCAGUGAAUGAAACGAGUUAUAGACACGCAUUUAAGCCUUUAGUUCGCACUCAACAACAUGUCAGUGAACAUCUCCGAUUUUAUUUCUAAACAUCAAGUGAUUGGACAGCCUAUCAACUUAGCCAAGGACGAGAAGACUUCAUUAUGGAACCGGCUUUUGGAAACACUGCAAGACGAUGCCAAAAAUUUGGAACAUUUGCAAGCCCUGACAGCACUCAAAAUUAUGAGCCGGGAUAAAACGAACCUGGAUGAUCUCAUUGACGAAAGAAUGAUCAAUCAAUUACUUAAAUUUACGGGUAUUGCUCCAGAUCUUCUGAGGAAAAACUUGACGGACCAGAUUCAGGCAGUUAUAUCAGAGGCCCAACGAUGUCUUCAUAACUUUCUUCUCCAAAGUGGAGUCGCCAGAGCCCUUUGUGCCAAGAAUGAGACUUUGCCAGGGAUCAUGAACUUGGUCCCUAGUUUCAGGGACUUGAACAUCCCUCACGCUAUCCUGGUGUUUGAUCUCAAGAUUGCUUUCCUCAUCACAGCAUUGUGUCAAGAGACAAGGAAGCAAAUGUACUUGGAACAACGCGGAGUGCCUCGAUUGUUGGCCCUGAUUCAGAGCCUAGUGUCUAAUGCUAAAGAUCGAGGUCAGGAACGGUCUGGAACGCAUCCGACCUUGUCUUGUGAGGAAGUCAACGUUCUCAACGAGGUCCCUUGGAACUGCAUCAAUCUUUUGAAUAAUGUACCGAUCAAAUGCACGGAUCCCUUGCUCGGAACCCUAAAGAAGGACAUUGUUCCCUCGGGAAUUGAGGAGCUCGAGUAUGACGGAUCCGGGAUGAACGCAAUCCAAGCCAUCUUGAAUGUACUCCUCCAUAAGAUUGAUCAUCCCGGAGAAGACACCAGUCUACAGGACGCCAUCACUCCAGUGCUCUGUGUCCUCUGCAAUCUGUCGAGAUAUCAUCGACAAGUCCGGAAAUAUCUCCGGGCACGGAUUCUUCCACCAUUGAAAGAUGUUUCCCAUAGACCUGAGGUUGGCAAUGAUGCUCGGAACAAACUCUGCAAGCUCUUAACAUCAACCUCGGAUUCUGUGGCGCAAACGGUGGCCGAAUUCUUGUUCAUUCUUUGCAAAGAGUCAGUGUCUCGAUUGGUGAAGUAUUCUGGUUAUGGAAAUGCUGCUGGUCUAUUGGCGAGGCGUGGUCUAAUGCUAGGUGGGCGUGGUGAUAACGCGGGCAAUUAUUCGGACGAAGAGGACUCGGAUACAGAAGAGUACCUCGAAAACGCACACAAAGUGAACCCCAUUGUUGGGUGUGUCGAACCCACCCGGCCCUCCCCAUUUGAGGGCAUGUCCGAGGAACAAAAGGAAUAUGAAGCCAUGAAAUUGGUUAAUCUCAUUCACGAACUCAAUAACGUGGGCGUGGUGAAACCCGCCAUUCCUGGACCAGAUGGACGCCCACAGGAGAUAGAUCAUGUUCUCCAAUUGCAAGAGGCGGCCGCGAGAAACGCGGGAACCGCGAACGACACGAAUGAGGACUCUGACCAAGAUGAAAAUUGAAUUUAAGGAACAUAUUUUUACCUGUAGCACUUGGAUCGAUACUGGACCAGGUUUCGUGAGAAAGCAUGACGAAGUUCCCUAGCAUACUAUAUGAAUCAUUCCGAAGCUUAAAAUUUUUUUGCCAACAGCUUUCCUCCAUCUGCCCAUUACCUUUGGUUUCUCAAUUCUCAUGUUCUUGAAAUCAGCAUCCGUUAAAAGUUUUAUGUAGGAAAAGAUCCCUUUGAUGAAAUUUUUGCCAAACAAUCAGGAAUCGUAAUUUUUUCCGUACUUGGUUGUUAUUUACCAAAAGAAGCUCAUUUAUGGUCUAUCAAAGAGAAACAAUAGCGAAAAACAUCGCUUCAGUGCCAUUUUUGUGCCAGCUUUCCAGUUUGCUUUGUCAUUUUCGUAUAUCCAUGAUUGUAAGUCAAUAAACUGGUAAUCCUCGA